UGUAAAGCAAGUUUGAGAGAGAGAACAAUGGGGAGAGCUCCAUGCUGUGAGAAAAUGGGACUGAAGAAAGGUCCUUGGUCCCCCGAAGAAGAUGAGAUUCUCAUCAAUUUCAUUAAUCUCUACGGCCAUGGCAACUGGCGAGCACUCCCAAAACAAGCUGGUUUAUUGAGGUGUGGAAAGAGUUGCAGGCUGCGUUGGACAAACUAUUUGAGGCCAGACAUUAAACGAGGGCAUUUCACCAGGGAAGAAGAGGAUACCAUCGUCAACUUACAUGAAACGCUUGGUAAUAGAUGGUCAGCAAUUGCGGCGAGAUUACCGGGACGAACUGAUAACGAAAUAAAAAAUGUAUGGCACACCCACUUGAAGAAGAGGCUGAACCCAAACCACGACUCCAAUGACAACAAACGACAAUCCAAAACCAAAGUUGAUUCAUCCAAAGACCUCAAAAAAGAACAAGUACAACAACAAGCCAUGAAAAUGCCGGUUUCUCCAUCAGAAUCUAGGAGCAGCGAGGUUUCCACGGUAACGAUAAGCCAGAACAACGCUAAAGUGUGCACGACCAAGGUUGAAACACAUGAGGAUCAUGUGUCGGAAAUCGAUGAAAUCUUCUGGUCGGAAGUGCUGUCGGCUGACAAUUCAAACAUGGCUGACGAUUUUCAAGCUGUUGGUUCAGACCCGCCAUUGCCAAAGUUGGAAGCAGUCAAUGGGUAUGGUUCAAAUCUGUAUGAUACUGAUACCAACAUGGAUUUCUGGUAUAAUCUUUUUGCUAGAGUGGGGGAUUUUUCAGAAUUACCAGAAAUUUGAGUAUCUAGUUUUGUUGUCUUAAUUAACUUAUGGAACUCCCUAAUGAGUUGUAAUCCUGUUGUUCCUUCAUUUCUUUUAAUUUUAACCACGUGAUUAUUCGGAUUAGAGUUGAAGAUUUAAAA